AUGAGCCCCCCGCGGCGGCCAUCGAGUUCCCACGGUGACAGGAUGUCUUCGGAGAGCAUGCAGAGGAACAACAGCAGUAACUCUGGUGUAAUCCUGGACAUCUCUGCUCUGAAGAUGGCUGAGGUGGAGACUGAGGUGCCUCCUCUUCCUCCGCGGUACCGCUUCAGGGACCUGCUUCUGGGAGAUCAGUCCUUUCAGAACGAUGACAGGUAG